AUGUCUCUUCAACCCUACCACUACCGCACCGAGGCCACCGGCAGUACUCGUACUUACUCUCGCCCGCUUGGUCCUAAUGAACUAUCCUAUUUUUUGCCUAGUCGCGCGAAUGGCCUCAAUGAUAUCUACACGCGAGUAAUCUUCCGCGCGCCGCCUACCUUGAUUUCGCCCUUUCGGUUACGCGUUGUUUGGGCCAUCAUCCGAAUCAGAAACUCCCUCCUUGCGUCUCGAAUCGAAAUGCCGCCGGGAAGAUACAGCGAGUCGCGUUUUGUCUACAACCCACCCUCAAGCCCACAAGAGGCUUUCGAGGAAGCAGGAUUUUCGCUUUCUAUCCAACACGGCAAAUCUGGUGUUGAGCUCGACAACCAUUUCAUCUUCGGUCAGCGCGAGCUCUCUCAUAAAUGCCUCAGUCGCAUGUAUGUCUGUCAGAACGGCGAAAACGAAUUCCACAUGGCUUUCUCAUCCCUUCAUUCUAUCACCGACGGAACAUCAGCCAACAUCUACACUAUACUCCAGCUACUUGGCGGUUCUGAGACGUCUGGUGGUCGCGUCCGCUCUGACGAAGAGUUGUUUCGGAUACUCGAGAAAGAGUGGAGCUUACGUUGGCGCAAUUCAUGGGACGUCGAUUCAUUCUAUGCCAUCACACCAAGCGCGGAAUCCAGGCUCCCUUUUCCAAAUUCGCGAUUUCAAAUCGCAGCGUGGAAGGUAGACUCGAUGAAUGUCCAACGUCGAGCUAUCGGAGGCCAUGCUUUUCCCCGCCUCCCGUCGUCUUCUACUAAACAAGCACACCUCGAAAUGAUAUUUUCUAGUGAGCAAACAUUUGCUCUUGCUUCGAAAUGCGCUUCCGAGAAGGUCAAUAUCCCAAACGCCAUCUUUGCGCUCUGCAAUUUAGCUUGGUUGCGCACGGCCGAAUCUCGUGGCGCUGAAUUUAGCGCUACUUACGCACCUCCCUCGCUGCCGACCCUCUUCUAUACUGCAGUCAGUUUACGUCGCCAUCUCGAACCGGUUCCAGAUCUCACUUCUCCGCUUGCACUGGCAUUGGGUUAUGCAACCGUUGUUUUACCAGGGUUCUUACCUCGCGGUGAUCAGAAGAAAUCAUUUUGGUUGCGUGCCAGAAAUGCUCAGAAGCAAAUGAGGACGCACAUCAAGAGCCCUAUGUUUCUGCCCAGAGCUCAAAUAUUAGCUGUACAACGUGGAAAACGGGCAAAAAUGUUUGCGAAGAUGGACGAUGAAGGCACUCCGAUUCCUCCGACCAACACAACCACAUCACAGACACCCUCUGUCGCGCUGAUGGGCAUUUCUCAUCUUGGUGACCUCUGUUCAUCUUACCAUCCCUCGUCUUAUCCAGCUAUCCAAUUUGUGGACUCAGUCGGUCAUUCACGCAAAGCUCCUGGUGGCAUUUUACUCUUCACACGUAUUGCGGCAGGAAAUCGAUUCGCCUUGAUGCUUGAGUGGGAUGCAGCGGCGUUUCCAGCGGGCCUAGUGGACGAAUUUUGGGCCAACUUCCUACGUGGAGUAGACGAGUUUGUGUUGGAAGAGGGGGAUUCGCGUCGAGAUUCAAGCAAGUUGUAA